GGAAUGUGCAUUGUAGUAGCCACUCUCGCUCUGUUGCUCCGCAGCACUAAGUAAUCUAAACACUCUUCAGUGAUCGUGGUAAAUUCAACUUUCAGCUGAUCUGAAAAAACCUUUAAUGAUGGUCUCCCACUCUGCGAUCCGAUUCGAAUUUUGAAUAUAGCUACGCCCCCUGAUGAACGAUCUCUUGGAUUUCAUCGAUGCAAAACGGGAUUUUGCGACUUGAAUCUUGAGUCAAGAUGGUUGAUGUACUUCUUUGCUCGACGUACGAGGACCAAAAACGCGACUUUGUGUUUGAUUUUAAAGACAGUGGGAAGUUACAGAGACUCACUGUGCCGAUACCAAUACCACUGAAGGUUGAUGCGAGAGAAUUUGUUCAAAGGCUGAUAACUUUUCACAAUUUACCGUGCUAUCUUGAACCAGGUACUGUAUGAAAAGAAACGAUGUGUGGGGGAAGGGGAGGGACGGGGAGGGACGGGGUGAGGGUAUUGACAUGCUUGUAGGACAGGAUAGGUAAUGGGGAAAAGGUUUCCUUAUAAAUGAAUAUUUUAGGGAGUUUGUGGAAAGAUUUUCAUUUGACCAUAUACUAUUAACCAUUUCCUGCCUGAGGUAAAUGCCAAAUUUUUCUAAAAGUAGAAUGAUGAACCACCAGACCAUGUUUAAUAUAUCAUUUCAAAGGUAUUUUUGGAUUAUGCUAUAAAGGAAACCAGCAGGUAUAGAGGAGGUCCAGAGUGAAAAAUUAAAAACAUUGAAAUUUUUUGCUUGCCUCGUUCAUAUAGCGUAUACCACUAAACUAUAGCUUAAAUUGCAGCUCUCAGAGCAUUGAUUGUGGUGAGAUAUUACCUGAACCAAAAUAGUACAAAGACAAAAAGUUCCAAAAGUUGUUGGGGUGGUAAAUGAAGGCUAAUAUUGGAGAGGGCCAUGAUCUUAUGCUGUCAAUGUGCAGAUCUUUCAAUGACCUUUUGGUUGUGAAAAUUUCAGAAAAAAUGAAUAAAUAUUAAGCAUGUAAUGGCAUCCUGUGCCAUAUGGCACUCUUGGGCCAGAAAAACAAGGAAUAAAAAGGGGUUAGUUUCUCAAGAAACUGUGGUGCUGUGUCGGGGGAGGUUAUAACAAGAUAAAUUGGUUUGAUGAUCUGAAUUGAUAAUGCAAAUUGGCCACCAUAAAGGGUUUCUUUGUCCUUCAUCAUUCACUCUUACAAAGGGCUUACAUUCAAAACUCUUUGUGGUGGUCAAUUUAAAUUAUCAAAUGGGUUAAUAAAACCAAAAUAUCUUACUCUAGAUCAAAACAUUAAUCCCAAUUUUACCAUUGUUUUAUUUCAUCUGAUAACUGUAUGCAAAAUGGAGUAAUGGGUUAUUCUGAGAUCUUUCUGGUUUAGGUGUUAACUGUGUGAUUCACUCCAAGGUUUGGAAAUUGUGGAGAGAGAGUUGAAAUUUAGCUGGUAGUUAACCUUUUCUGGGAAUUUAAGCCUUUUAAAAACUCCAAUGAGUGAUCAUGACAGAAUUUCUCCUUGCAAUGUCAAUACAGACUAUCAAGCAGACAGUUGAUUGGAAGAAAGAAAAUAUCAUAAGAGGAUUAUUAGUUGGUCUAAUACCAGAUUCGCCAAACUAACAACAUAAGAGUUGUAUGGCAAUCAGUAAGGAGAAUUACUAAUGAGAUCUUGGGAGUGAAAGGGUUGAGGAUCUAAUUACUGGUCUCUGUUCUUUCACUCAAUCAUAGAAUUGACCAAAACUUUAGAUGAAUUCAACAAGUCAUCAUGCAGGGAGCUGCAGGACAAAAUGGGUGGUGCAGCUCUUGAACAAAUGAGGCAAUCUUCACAGUGUGCUGCUGAUUAUAUCUCUUCUUGGUCUGACACUUUUACUCAAGAACAUGCAAAUUACAGCUCUGCCACUGACAAGAGUGAAGAGUCUGUGUUUUCUGAGAUGUACCAUUCAUUGAUUCAUUCAGCGGCACUUGAAACAUUGCUACAACUGGAGAAUACUUAUGCCAUAGCAAUGGAUGAUGUUGUCUCAAAGAAAGCAAAUGCAAUAAAAGCAAUGGAAGAGAAGUAAGAUAGACCAAGUUGAUUGUCAAGGCAAAUAGUACACUCUAAUCAGCCAAUUACAUUCAACCCUUUAAGUCCAAGAAGUGAUCAACACGUAACUUCUCCUCAUGAUAUCCAUUCAUUAUCCAGAAAAGAAGUAAUGAGAGUACUGAAACUCAUCUGGUAGAAGUGAUUGUCUUGAUCUAGCACCAAAUUCUCAUAGCUAAUAUACAGGGAAAUGAGUAGCAGCUAGAAGGGAGAAUCAAUGAUAAGAUCUUGGAAGUGAAAGGGUUAAGAAUUUAGUGUAACUGAAGGUUGAAAUUAGAAAGUCUUCUCAUGUGUCUAUAGUAAAUAUAUUCCUUUGUGAUAAAUUUUCUUCCCAAGAUGUAUUAACCCUUCACACCAUAACAUCAAUAUGCAUAUUCUCCAUACUGUUCUCUAUACAUUUUUUAAGGUGCUGACAGGGAGAGUGUGUUUAACAAAUAGAAGCUUUUAUUAUUGGUGAUCAUUUCCUGAUUCAGGGGUAAAAUUGUAAGGGAAAAUAAGAUGCUUGUCACUCAAAGGGGUAAAAGAGUCAACUGUUCACCUCUAUAUUAAAAUUAUGUUGUUUUUUAGGCACCAGAGAGAAAUGGAAGAUUCCAUUAACAAUCUUGGCAUUGUCACUUCAGACAAAGAUGUCAAUGAUUUGGCAGCCAGGCACUGUGAGGAUGCACAAGUAAGUUAUAUAACUAUGCGGUUUGACUGAUUUAGAUCCUUUUUUUUAUAUUUUUUUUCUUUUGUGGAUCAAUUUUUAUUUUCAUUUAAUUCUUAGAUGCUGGAGACAUACUGGUCCAGUGAGCUCUCGCAACUCCAGGAGAUGCAAAAGAGAGAGUACAGAGAGUGGGUCACUAAGGUACAUGAGGAUAUGGUCAGAGUCAGUUCAGGUAAUUUGUUGAAUAUAUUGAUCUACAUGUAAAAACACAUGGAAAAGAAAGAAUCUUUGAAACUAUAAUUUUUUGUUUUUGCUGAAAUGUUUGCCAAGAUUUAUAAUUUUAUCCAGUACUUUGAAAAUUUGAGGGAAAUUUGUAUGAGCAAAUCUUAGCUUAGAAACAGCCACAUUCCUUGCCUCAAGUAUUUUUUUUAUUUCCUUGGGGGGGCCCUGACUCUCCAUGAAAUGUUUGAGUGCGGGGAGAUAAAUAAAGUAAAAUUUCAAUGGAAUGUAACAUAUACAUGAUGUUAUGGCAUGGUAGAACAAGGAAAAUAUGAAUGCAAAACAAAGUAACAAAAAAGCUACACUAAAAAAUCCAAACUUUGAUUUAUUUAUAUCCUUUUAAGGCAAGGAAUUUAAGUGAAACUGAGUAUUUUAUUUGUCAUAAAGGACACUGGUGUCUGUUUUGUCUUUUGCAAGCACCUUACUCCAUUGAUACAGUUCUCCUUACUCCUAUUGGGGCUCAUAAAAUAGCAAACAACUUACAAAAUGUAGGCAUGUGUUGUGAAUUUCCUGUGCAAGCCAUCAAAUGAAUUUUUUUUAUUAUUCAUCUGAAAAAUUGUCUUUAAAGGCUUGGAAAAAUGAUAGACAAUUAUAAUAUUCAGUUAUUAUAUGUUGAACUAUUUAAUAAGGUGCAUUUUUUUUGGUUUUAUUUGAAAAUUGUCCUAAAGGUUUCUACGCACAUGACUGUAUAAGGCUUGUACCAACUGUACAGUCACAUUUAUGAUUGCUUUGUGUUGCUUUCUUUGGUUUCUUCCUCAGAUCCAUCAUCAGUGGAAGACUCUUUCUCCAUAGGAAAGUGAGUGGUAGAUGUUCAUAUUUAACAAACCUUGGGAAAUUAUUUUAAUAGGCCAAUUUAGAUUCAAUUUAACUCUUAGUUAUGUUAUGGUUUUAAAACACUUCAGGAAUCACAGCAUGUCUGUUCAGAGCAUGCCAGAAGCUAAUGAGUUUUCUACCUCUGAGCAUGAUUUCAGGCUUGAAGAGAGUUUUACCAUCCUUUUGGGUGAGUACACAAUUGUACAAUGAGGCAGAUUUUGUUGUUUUGAGAAAAAUGUUUUGACCAGUGUUUUAUCAUGAUAUGCUCUUUGUGGUUUGUGUGCUGAACUCCAGAUUGAAAGGGAAGCAGUUGGGGUCAUUUGAGUCAUGUUCUGCCUUUUGAUUCUGUUCUUUCACCAUUGACAGGAGCCCAAAAGAAGUCAACACACAAUCUGCGAUUGAUCUGUGGCCAUGUGCUGGACUUGUGCAAACAUAAGACCAGACCAGGAGGGUAGAUAUGGAGUCAUUACUGUAAUAUUGACUGGAGGAAAAUUGAGAAUUGCAUAAAGUACAAUGGCUCCCCUAUCUUCAAUUAUUUCAAACAGUUAAUCAAGCCUCUACAGUUUCUAGGGGGUUUUUGCACAAUGCAUUUGAGUAAAUGUCAGGAAAAACAUUUACUUUUCACUGAGUUUUGUUAUUGUAAGGUUUCGAUUUUGGAGACAAACUGCCAUACCUUGUUUCCUUGUGUGCGUUUACCAACUCAAGACUGAAACCUCUGGGUUUGAGCCCCAGCUAGGUUACUGAUUGUCUCAUGUCCUUGAAAAGACAUUUUUUCAGACAGUACCUCUCAUCACAAAGGAGUAUAAAUGGGUGUCUUUGAACUGCUUGGGUAACUUGAGUUGUGAUUCCCUUAACAUAUUAUUAUACUUUAGAAAAAGGGAUAACCUUGAGCAUUAGCUACAGAUGUACGAGGCAGUCUUGUAUCCAGGCUUUUUGUUUAUGUAACUGGUUCUUGAAACAAUGAGGUGAGUUUUUUAUUUUUCUUAACCAGAUCAGUGCUAUCACAGCCCCACAGAAUCCAGACAGCUCUGUCAUUGUACUCUGGAACACUGGCAGGAGUAAUUUUGCUGGUAGAAGACCGCCUUAAUACAUACUCAGGAAUUUUGAAACGUAUGUUUAAAGAGUUUUCAUUUCCCUGUAGCCUCUCAUAGUUAGUUCUGUAAGACCACAGGCAGACCACACCAUGUGUUCAUCAUUAAUUAUUGUUCACAUGAGAUGAACAAAAUCUAAGAGGGUUAUAAAUAAAGUUCUAAAAAUUACAUAUCUAAAUUAUAUCUUGGGCUGAAUAUCUCAAUAAAAUGAAAUGAGAUUUUAAUUGAUGCAUUUGUGGUAUUUUUUCGCCUUUAUGGGUUGGUUGAAGCAUUUUUAAAAAAAAUUUUCAGAGCUUUAUUCAUAACCCUCAUAGCUUUUGUAUGUUUGCAUAUGAGUUUGUUCGUCUCAUGUCAACAAUUCUUAACCGUGUACACACAGUGUGGUGUACCUGUGGUAAGACAAGUACCCCUGGGUUAUUUUGGCGGGAAUAAAAGAGAACCUCUACAUGUAGAGUAUUUUACUGCUUAGGUGGUCAGAUUUUAACUAAAAAUCGGCAUUCAACCUUCUCAGAAACCCUUUUUGUUUUAGAUUUUGCCAUGAUUUGUCAGCAGUCCGGGACAGAAUUUCAUUUUCCAGACCUGGACAAACAGCUGUGCCUCAUUCAGCAAAUGUUUGAGAAGAGGGAUCGUAGCAAGUCAAAUGCUAGUGAACAUCAACAACUUCCUUCAGCUGAUGCUGCUCUACGCCCACUAACACUAAACACAGGUUUGUCAUUUUCAUACCCAGUGCAAUUUCAAUCACACGUCGAAAAUAUUCGUAAUAAGAGAAGUUUCUUUUGCAGCCAUUUCGCGGGAUGUCACGCAACGUCCUCUCCCUCCCCCUCCCCCUCUUCCUCCCCCACCCCGCACAAACGCUAUGUGGUUCCAGCUCUAAUUUGCUCUGUGAUUGGUCCUGAAUACCCACGUGGCACUCUGCAUAACCAAUCAAAUGCAGAAGUAAAAUUAACCGCGACUUGGUCACUCCCGUUUUCCCGCGCUUUGGACACUUCGCUUGUUUUUACUUUAAGUUCUCAUUGGCUCCUUGUAAUAUAUCUGAUUGGUUAAGAAUGCGAAUCGAGUUUUUCGCUUUGCUCUGGGCUGUGAAUUGGAAAUCGCUCCGAACACAUUAGUUAGCGCGUUAGCAUCGCAACCCUUUUUCUUAACUUAUUUAUUUCUCACAGAACUGCUCUCUGAGAUUUUACCCCUGUUUUCAAUUUAUAAUCGUUGUAUGUUUGUUUUACUAACGAAGAUAAUUGAAUUUAUUGGCAAACGUGCUACAACGGAAUACGCAAGAAGUUAAACCCUUUUAACCCAAAGAGUGACGAGAAUCUAAUUUCUCCUUGCAGUCAUACAGCUGAAUCAUUUAUUAAGAUCAUGAGAAUUAAGGAAAUGAUCAUUAACCUAAGAGGCUUUGAUUGCUUAACAAAUUCUCCCUGUCAAUACCAAAGGAAAUCUAUAAAGACAAGAAUGGAGAAUAUGGAUACUGAUAUUAGGAUGUAAAGGGUUCAAAGCUAUAACAACCACGACCAAACAUUUUUUUAAUCGCUCAAUGCAGGAGAUAUCUACAUCACUCGGCAUUCAAACUUGUCUGAGGUACAUGUUGUGUUCCAUCUCGUUGUGGACGACAGUGUGAAGUCACCAACAAUUAGCACAAGAAAUCCUGUUAUAGUUGGCUUAAGGAACGCUCUGCACACAGCUGUUAGACACAGCAUAACCACCAUAACUAUACCACUACUGUUAUUCCAUGAAAUGACAGAGGUAGGUGCAAGACACUGGCAGACUGAGUACCAUUCUACUUCGAUAGAGAUCUCGAGUGCUUUUAAAUCAAUUUCUUUUUCAGUUCUAAGUAUUCAAGAAAGCGUUUUAUAUAAAGAGAUGAAGCAUUUAGAAACCUCAUAAAUUGUAACUCUGUUCCCAUAAUACUUCACGUACGAAAAUUUUAACUACUUUGCAGGAGAUGACAGUGUCUUGGUGCAUGAAGAGAGCAGAGUUGAUGUUUAAAUGUGUAAAAGGUAAAUAAUGAUUAAAUGUAAUUCUACUUGUAAUACAGAAGGAAAACACUGCGUGGCACAAACAAGUUCAUUUUCUCUAUUCUUUACGUAUUUGCCUCGGCACGAAAAUUUCGUCUCUUUUUUCAGCUGUGUUACCACACUAAUAUCUUGCUCUCGUUACGAUGAAUCAGUUUUCGUGUUAAUGUCGAAAAUAGUCCGAGAUUGCGUUAGCUUCGCCUAAUCCUUUGACCAGCAUCUAAGUUCUCUUUACAAUAUCACCCCUGAGUCACACAUUAAAGUCACGACAGUAACAAGCUCUUGGUUGUGAAACAAAAUUAUCCUUGAUAGCACCUUAGGAAAUGUAUGUAGAGCAUUAAGGGAUGUAUGCAUAAUACUGUUAGGGUGUAAAGGGUUAUCAUCGCUCUCUAAUUGAUUCAGAAACUCACACCACUCUCUCAACCAAUCAGAUUCAGCCCUUUACACCCUAACAUCAGUAUGCAUAUUCCCCUUACUGUCCUCUAGAUAAUUUCUAGUGUUCUGAAAAGGAGAAUUUGUUUCACAAUCAAGAGGUUCUCUACUUGGUGAUUAUUUCCUUUACUCUCGUGACCUUAACCUGUGAUUUUGGGGAGAUAUUGUAAGGAGAAAUUAGAUGCUUGUCACUCUCAGUGAUCAAAGGGUUAAAAAUUAAAACGAGUCGCGACUUCAUCACACAAGUUUACCCGCGCUACAACCCUUCUGCAUUCCUUUUGGCCUGCUAUGAAAUUUUCUUUCUUUUUUUUUCUGAUUGGCCUCUGAAUUUCACGCCAGUUUCGGUGGAACUACUGUUGAUCGGAAUGUGAACUGACUAAUGAAUUUUUCCAUGGUGCAAACCGUGUUUUUUGCAUCCAUUCGGUAAGUCUUUUCCCUGACCAAUUUGGCGGCUUUUAUGCUAAACAUUACUCGUAUGCUUCCUCAUUGUAGGUUUUAUUAUGGAAUGCAGCACGUGGAGCGGAGCAGAGUCUUUGAAUUUGCAGUUUUUGGUGCCCAAGGUAGGAAGUUUAUCACCUAUAGAAACUGCCAUUCAGUGUGUCACUCUACUAUUCUUUCAUUUCAUUUUCUUCUAUUUAUUUUCACAGGGUAUAUCUGAGGAAAUGUUCACAUCAUUUAGCCAAAUGCUGUCUAGUAUCUUCCGUGUAUCCACGCCUUUGGAUCUCACAUCCACCGCCAACAGAUGACGUCAUUUCUACCUAUCCCGUGAUGCUAUUCGACGGCCGUCGUCGUCAUGUCGAGUUACGCGACCUUCCCAUAGUGCUCUUCACUAGCCAGAAAAUGGUAGAACACUGAAGAACGUGUUACGUCUUGAGUCCAUAGAAGGAUUUCUUUAAAGAAAAACUUCAAAUUAUACUCGCAGUGGUCGCAAGAAGAUUUGAAGAAAUUUGAUUUUGUAUUGUAGCACUGUACUUACUGAGUGUCAAAUUUAAUCUGGCUUUGCACUGUUUUUCUUGAAUGCACGCUCUGUUCUUUGUUUACAAAACAUGUGCCGUUCUCUCAAACAAUCAGAUGGAAAGCAUAAACAAAUUACUACCUGAUCACUCUAUUUUUGACGCGUUUGAAGUAGUUUACAUGUAUUUGCCUUGAGUUCUCGUCCUCUCUUGGUUUCUUGUGAGAUUUUCCUACGUUAAAACUGGCCACUGUCAGUGUUCAUUCCAUUUUUUUUUCACCGCACUUAGUAGAAAUACGGAAAGAAAUUAAAAAAUUCUCUAAAUUAUUUACAUAUGUCCUGUACGAGCCCGCGUGCGUAGUCGGCCCGUAGAAAACCAUAGUGAAAGCGAGGAAAGGACACAAAACCGCGACUUGUUAAUUUCUUAAAACCAAGUUUUGUUUCAUCAUAAUAAGGAGGGUUUUGCAAGAGGGUCUCAGUAGGAUUCAGUAACCGUGCGCGGUAAAGCGGCCAAAAAAUUAGCAGUUAACCAUAAAAAUGUACAAUUUUAACUGUUAAUCGUGAU